GAAGAGAGGUUCUGGUCUGCUGUUGAGACUGUGGAUGUCUCUGGGUCAGACUCCAGUUGGUGCUGCAGACUGUGUCAGCGCUGCUUCAGUUCCUCCUGGCAGCUGACGGGACACUGUUGUACUGGCAUCGCAGGGGAGGACGGGGUGCCCACGGCCACAAGGUCAAACUGGAGUUCCAGUGCCCAGUGUGUGGCGACCGCUUCCUCCACGCCUUCAUCAUGCACAAGCGCAGUCACAUGGGCCAGUCCCAGUACGUCUGUGGGGUCUGUGGACGGACGCUCAAGAGCCUGUGCAUGCUGUCCUCCCACAAGUGCUCACACUCCCGCCGCCGCGGGACUGUGGCUGAACGACAGCAGUGCCAUGACUGCAGCCAGAGCUUCUGCAACCUGCUGGCACUCAGAAGCCACCGGGAGAGACAGCACGGAGAGGAGAGGAACUGGGAGGAUGAGGAGGACAGGGUGGUGAGAGAGGAAGCGGAGGGAAGCACUGCAGUAAUCUCUAUUGAUUCAACCUGAGUUUCAGCCCAGCCUCCCCAGUCUCCUCAGUGCCACCAGUGUUUCAUGACCUUUCAGGAUGCAGAGACAGAAGAGAGGCAUUUACGCUUCAAGCACCCAGUGGAGUAUGAGAGACAUCUCAGAGGUCGCACAGUGUUUGCCUGCUGUGUCUGCGACCGUACAUUCCCCUCCUCCCGCCUGCUCUCAGCUCACCAACGCACCCACAGCAAGUGGAGUCUGCCCCCCACUGGCCCAGAAGACUCUGUCCAAGAAAGCACAGACGGAGGAGAGGCUGAGGGUGUGGACAAUGAAAAAAACAGAGCUGGUCCAACGAGCUGUGAGCACUGUCAUAUCAUCUUCAAUGACCCUCGAACCUGGGAACGUCACAUGACGGCCAAGCACCCCCCAUCCCUGUCGACACCUACUUCACCAGGGAAUGCCUACCUGACUUCUAGACCUGCCAGGGGUCAACUACGACCCUAUCGCUGCUCCUCCUGUGGAGAGAGAUUCAUACAGGAAAGCACCCUGACCAAACACUGCACCGAGGCACACGCCAGCUGA